GUGAAGUAAACAAACUCACAAAACCACACUUACUCAAUCACUUUCUAUCUAUCUCCUCCGUCGCCGCAAACAGCGGCGCCACCACAAACCAGCGACUAAUUAAUUUAAAGGAAAUCGGAGGUUCUCAGUUGAUAAUGGCGGCUUCAACAACCACCGACGGUCCCGUCAUGAGUCUAAUCAACAAACGCCUCCGAGCCCUACGGAAAAAACUCAACCGAAUCACCGCCAUGGAAGAGUCACAAUCCCAAGGAAAACCACUCAACAAAGAACAAGAAGAAGUUCUUCGUUCAAAAUCCUCCGUUCUCGCUCUCAUUGACGAGUUCGAGAAGCUUCGUCAGCCUCUUUCAUCUGCCUUAACAGAAGAACUCGACCUCGCACUUCAAAACACACGCGAAACCCUACCUGAGAAUUCGGCGCCGGUAUCUGAACGAUUGAACGAAAGCCAAAACAAAAAUGGUGAUGUCGUUGAGGAUGUUAUCAAUUUGCUUUAUUUCGGUUCACUCUUUGAAGUGAAAUCGCAGAACGAUUUCACUUCUACGAUGCUUACGAGAACGCAUGAGCGUGGUUGUUGUUUGACUUAUGAUUAUGUUACUGAUGAUGCAACCGAUCUGCUCGGCGAAAAGGAUUUAGACUCGAUCUCGGCGUUGUUUGGGUUGUUGAUCUCCAGACCUGCUGAUUCGAGCUUUUCGCAUAAGAACGCACUUCGGAGAUGCAUUGAACAUGCUAAGUUGUGGAUUUCUAGGGCUGAACAACCUAUUGAUCCCAAUGUUGAUGUUACAUAUGCUGGUUUGAGGGAGAAGUUGAAUAAGAUUAUGUCUUCGGAGUACUUUACAACUACUCCUGAGAUGAAAGAUACGGUCGAAGUUGCUGCUGCUGCUGGAAAUUAUGCGUCUUUUCAGGUUCCGGUGCAUGGUUCUGUGGUUUCUGUUGAAGGUUCUGAUUCUCAGCCUGAGGAGAAGGAUGAAGGAACUGCAAAUUUUCAAGUACAAGGAUCUGGAGAUGAUCUGUCUGGCCCUGAUGGGGAGUUUCAGAAGGAUGAAGUAGAAGGAGAAAUUGCAGUGGAGGUGGUAUCGGUCCAACACGAGCAGCAGACGAAUCCGCAGGUGGAUAUGGAACACAAUCAACCAGAUGGAGAGGCAAUGGAGCAACAAUAUUACCCCAGGAGAGGUUAUCAGAAUCAAAGAGGUGGUCGUGGUGGAGGUGGUAGGAGGGGUUAUUCAAAUGGUCGUGGAGGUCGUGGUGGUGGUGGUGGAGGCAGAGGAGGAGGGUACCCGAAUGGCCGUAACCAAUUCAAUGAUCAGCCUGGAAAUUAUUAUCCAAGGAGCUAUUAUAACAACAACAGAGGAAGAGGAGGCAGAGGUGGUGGAUACUAUAACAACCAUGGUGCAGGUGGUCAAGUUAAUCAUGUUGCAGGUGAUGUUGGAGUGCAAUCUUGAUAAGUUAUGAGUUGUUGAUAGUAUUUGUUAUUAUAAUUGGGUGGAGGUGAACCUUUUUAUUCUCGUCUGGCAUGAAACAUGUUUUGAACAAUUUUGUUUGAUAACUUUCAACAUCCAGACUCCGCCAUUUUGUAGUCCAGUAGCUAGUUGACCUUGGUGUCCCAAAUCUUAACAGGAAGAAACUAUUCUGUGUUAUGUUCGUAAAUGUUAUAUUCUUAGACUUUUGGCGUUAGCAUUCAAA